AUGGAUGAAAGCGAUAAAGCAGCAAAAGAUGACGAAGAAGAGGAAGAUGAACUGCAUGGUAAAAGCAGGAGCAACCUCGUUUCCGAGAACCGUUCAAAAGACAGUGCUGUAAACAGCGUACCAACGACGAAACAGUCCACUGCAAAGCAAACCGAGCCAUUUGACUGCUCCGACAGUGAAAUGAAUUCGAAAGGAUUGUCAGUCAGCGCGUCACCUGACAAAAAAUUAGUGCCUAACAAACACAUCGAACAUGCCAGUACCAUGUCCUCCUUGGACUCAUCUGCACUGGACGAUGAGAAAGAAUUGUUCGCAGAUGAUGAGCGGGCUGAACAAAAGAAAUGUCUCUGGUGGCAGCUGCUUGAAGAUUUGCAGUUGAAUAGAAUGUUACUUUAUAAUAUGUUAUCAUCGUGGGAUGGCGUGCUUGAGGAAGCAUCAGUUGCAAGAGCCUACUGUGACCAGCUGAUAACAACUUUAUCAUCGCAUGAGAAGCAGAUUCCACCGGUUUGUUUAGUUGAUUUUUAUGCGUUUUUUGCAGCAGUGCAAUGCGCGAACGCUGGCCUUUUAAAGUUUCAUCUCCUUAGCUUCUCUGGCUUUCGAUUGAAAAUGAGUGAAACAAUGGCCAACGCACGGGCUGCCCGUGCGAAGAUGCGUUUUUUGCAGAGUUCCCUGCAGUUUUUGUCGCUGCCCAACGCACGGGCUGCCCGUGCGAAGAUGCGUUUUUUGCAGAGUUCCCCGCAGUUUUUGUCUGUCAUGGCAUCGGUUUUUUCGGCAGAUGCUUCUAGUUGA